GCCCAAGAGGUCGUCGCUACCCCAACCGGGAUGACCAGCGCCCCCAUGAUUUUGCCCUUCCAAGCCCUGUAUGACAGGGCACCAGGACCGAAUGAGAGCGAUAUUACUAUUACCACCCAGGAGUUUAGGGCAUUCGUCCAGACCAUUUUCUGGGACCCUCUAUCAAGUGGCUGGCCCAUUCCAUUUCAACAAAGGCAGCCAGUCUCUUAA